AUGUCGGUGUUCUGCGCCGUCCCACAGGCGAAACCUGCUGCUCUUUGCUUCAAGCUCACGCAAGACUUCAAUAACGACCAGUUUCCCAAAAAAGUCAACCUGGGACUCGGUGUUUAUCGGACCGACGAAGGUCAGCCAUGGGUUUUGCCGGUGGUGAAAAAGGCGGAAAAGAUUAUUGCACGGGAUGACAGCCUGAAUCAUGACUACCUGCCCAUCCUGGGUCUGCCUGAAUUCAGAGCCUUGGCCUCAAAGCUUGCUCUGGGGGAUGACAGCCCUGCCAUCCAGGAGAGCAGGGUGGGAGCUGUCCAGUGUGUGGGGGGUACAGGUGCUUUGAGGAUAGGUGCAGAGUUCCUCAGGCAUUUCUACAACGGGAACAACACCACCAAGACGCCCAUCUAUGUGUCUGCACCCACCUGGGAAAAUCACAGUGGUGUAUUUACCAGUGCAGGGUUUGAAGAUGUCCGUCCAUACAAGUACUGGGGCGCAGAGAAGAAGGGUCUGGAUUUGACUGGUUUCCUUGGUGACCUGGAGAACUGUGCUGAGCACUCCAUCUUUGUCUUCCAUGCCUGUGGUCACAACCCCACUGGGACGGACCCGACACAGCACCAGUGGAAGCAGAUAGCUGAAGUUAUGAUGAGGAGGAAGCUGUUUGUGUUCUUUGACUUGACAUAUCAGGGAUUUGUCUCAAACACUUUGGAGGAAGACGCCUGGGCUGUUCGUUACUUUGUUUCUCUGGGCUUUGAGAUACUUUGUGCACAGUCGUUUUCCAAGAACUUUGGCCUCUACAAUGAGCGUGUGGGGAACCUGAUUAUUGUUGCUCGGGAUGCAGACAAUCUGAAGCGGGUUCUGUCCCAGAUGGAGAAGAUUGUGAGAACCACCUGGUCCAACCCACCGUCACAUGGAGCUCGAAUUGUUGCCAUGACACUGAAGACACCUGAGCUCUUUACUGAAUGGAAGGAGAACAUGAAAAUAAUGGCUGACAGGAAUUUGUUGAUGAGGUCCCAGCUGAAGGCUAAGCUCCAGGCUCUGGGGACACCAGGGUGUUGGGACUUCAUCACAGAGCAGACCGGCAUGUUCAGCUUCACAAGCCUCACCCCUAAUCAAGUGGAAUAUUUGGUGAAGCAGAAACACAUCUACCUAAUGGUCAACGGUCGCAUCAGCAUGUAUGGUCUGACCACCAAGAACAUUGACUACGUGGCUGAGUCCAUCCAUGAAGCUGUCACAAUGGUUCAAUAACAGGCUGCCCAACUGAUCCAGCACAUUACUUGGUUCAUAUAUUCACAC